UUAAGCCGUAACGACCAACUUAGAUCACUUUCAUCUUUAUGACCGUCAUCGGAUGUUUCUUAAAGUAUAUAAGACACUAUACAAAUAAAAUAAAAUAUUGUAAAAUGGGAAGAAACAUAUAGAUACUCCAAAAUACUUGAUAUACCCAUGUACAUAUUUCACCUUUUCUGAUAUAAAUUUAUUUUUGGUUUAAAACGUUUGAAUAAUGAAAUAUUAAUAAAAUAUUAGUAUUUUAUUUAGGUAGAUACUCUUGAAUGUAUUUUAUCAGUAAUGGUGCUCUUAAAAUGAAGGUGAAUUUCUCAGAAUAAAUAAUUAGAAAAAUAAAAAUCUACGGAAAGUGAUAUUUGAGAAAUUUGUUGAAACCCCCAUGGAAUAUGUUUUCAUACACAUAUCACACUGUUAAUAUAUUAGCUGUUAUUGAAGAAACAAAAUUUAGUUAUAAAAGACCGGUUCCAACCAACAUCUAUAUUUUUUUUAAAAAAACUUUGUUGUAGAAGUGAAUUUUCUUCAAUAUAUACUUUUAUAAUAUAAUUUUUCUAUUUUAGUAGAAAUUAUAGAAAUAUACAUUGAAGAUGCUCUUAGAGGUUUAGAGAUUGCUUAUAUAUUUGAGUUGUUUACGUAUAAGGUUACUUUUCAAGAUUUGUUUGCAUGUUCACAUACUUUGGUACUGAAGGGUACUAUUUGCCUCACUUUUGUUUUUUUUUCUCCCGUAAAUGUCCUUUUCACAGACGAGAUGCACUUUUCUGGUUAAGGUAAAAUGGAGAAAGUAAUUGACUUUAAAUAGAAAGUGACCGAACCAGAGGGGGGGGGGGGGGGGGAUAGUUGUCUUUCAUACUUUUUGUAUAAUUAGUGUUUUAUUUCACCCUUCCACUUUUAUUUUGUUAAUUUUUCGUUGUCAAAAUAAAUAUAGCUAAUGUAUUUGAUAUAAUAAAUUAUAACUUUGUAUUUCUGUAUUUUAACAUCCAAUUUGAUUUUUAUUUUUAAUUAAUUUGUGUUUAUGGCAACUAAUUUUGUGGUUACAUAUAUUUGGUUGGUAGAUGUGGACGCAUAGAAAGUGGUCAAACAAUAUGAAAAAGUUUUUGGAAGGUAGUAAUGGUGAUAGUGUAGGUUGUGUAGAUGUGGAUCUGAUGGUCAGAGGAUAUGUGAUUCGAAAAUGGGAGGUGUGGAUGGGGUUGUUGUGGUCAUGAAUAACAGAUGAAAGAUGGUUAGAAGUGAUGAGGUCAUUGUGAAGAUAUUGUUGACUGUGGUCAGGAGUGGUGUGGUUAUAGAUAGGAGAGUGUCUAGCCGUUGAUGUGGCCUGGAGAGCUGUGGAUGCAUACAAGUUGCUUAUAUAAAAUGCAGUGGUUUAACAUCGAUUGGGCUAAAUUGUAAGAUUAAAAUGUUUGGGGAAAAUCGAUUGGACCAUUCUGCACAUUUUAAAAGUCAAGAUAAAUUCAUAAACACCUAAGAUUUGGAAGACCAGAUCUGCAAAUAUGGAGAAACCACCAUUGAUGUGCUCCAUCCUUCUUCUCUUUUGAUAUGGUUGAUGAUGACGGUUCCGGUAGUGACCACGACGGGAGAGCUAACCAUGGAGCAGACGAGGCCACUUGGACAGAUAUAACGUGGUUUUGGUGGCUUCGAAUCAAUACCGGUUUUGUACCAUUGCGAAGAAGCUUGAGCCACAACAGUGAUGCUGAAGACGAACUCGAUAGAGAGGAUAGAUUACACAUUUCGAUGUUCCAAAUCUACAAUAGAAACAAGGGGAUGUAGGUGAAUUGAAAUGGUAAAGGAUGUUGAGAUAUGUGAUUAUUGGUCUGCUCGUUGAGAAAAACCAAAUCGUUGAUGUUUAGGGUUAGAAUAGAAAGAGAGAGUGGGGUCAGGAUAGAGAAAGAGAGAGUUGGUCACCAUAGAAAGAAAGAGAAGUAACUAAACUAAUUCUAGUUUUAGGGGUAAAUUAGACAUUGUCACACAAGAAAGUAUGUGACAUGAAGAAAGUAUGUGUAAGUGAUAUGGACUUGAGAAAAAGUAUCUGUAAGUGUAAAUUUUUCUAUAUUUUAAGCAGUAGGUGUUGAAUUAAAUAGUUCACCAUAUUUAUAAAAAGUGCAAAAAUUCUUAUAAAUACCUUAGGCAGUAAGUGUUGAAUUAUAUAAUUCACUAUAUUUAUAUGUAAAUUAACUUUAAUUUUAUAUUUAGUUCAAUAAUUCAUUAAACUUAUUGUGAGUUUUAAUUGAAAAAUCUGAACUAUAGGAAAUCACCAUAUUUAUAUUUUUUUUUGUUAAAAAAACUAUGUAAACUUUUAGGGAAAAUCACUUCAAAUUUUUUUUGUAAUACUACAGAAAUAGGAAGUAACAAAAAUAGAAGAUCAAAAUCAGUGUUUUAUUGAUCUUGAGCAUGAGUACAAUAUAUGGAGUAUAAACCUUAAAUCGAGCUGCCUGUUUAUAGUAAAAGUUGUGUAUUUUGCAUAGCAUCUCUUCUUAAGGUUUAGAGCUUUCUUAUAUAGGCGUUGGUGAGAUUUAGAUUAGGAGAAACACUUGAUCCGAAGAUUGGAAGCCGAAAACGUGGAAGCCGGAGAUCGGUGUCCUAUUCGAACUCAACAAAAUUUCUCAUAGAUUAAUUUAUAUUAAAAUUUGUGUUCUUUAUUAUUUGAGUUCAUGUUUAAACAGAGAAAAAUAUGUAUUCUCCGGAUGUUCUGAUUUAGGCAUUGGCAGCAAAUUCCUUGAAUCUUUGGGAGUAGAACGUCGUCCCAAUUGUUGCUUGAGACAUCAUGUCCUGAGCCGUUUAACAGUUUCAUUGAAGAUUGCUAUGGUUGAAAGACGCAUACCUCGAGAAUGAACGAUUUACUGUAUACAGUAUACUUAUAUGAUGAACUGAUGUAGAUAAACGUUUUAUAUCAUGUAUUAAUAUACAUUUAUCUGAUUGUGUUUGUUUACAUUAAAGUGUCACAGGAUGAAAAAAAAACUCAGGAGGUUUUAUACGGUGAAAUAAAAAGUAAACAAAUGUCAUAUCACAGAAUAUUCCAUUUUUUUGUUACUUCACAGAAUAUUCUCUUCAUUAGUUAACUUUGAUUUUAAUAGUCUCUAAACUAUAUUAAGCCUAGUUUUUUUUUUUUUGAUAUCAAACAACUAUUUUAUUUUUCAAACAUGAGGAUGGCAUGGGUGAUUUGAAUAAUUAGACCGGAAUAGAACAAUUAAUAAUUAAUAUAACAAAGAUCUUUAUGAAACGAUUUCAGUGUGGCAAACCUUCAUGUGGCAAACCAAUGAACCAUAGAUAGACAAAUUAGUGUCUACAUUUUUGAAAAAACUUUUCCGACUUACAAACCGUUAACGUAUAUCACCCUCCGCCAUGAUUUUUUAGACGGAGAGUAACAUAUGUUAACGGAAUUGAAGUUGAGGGUUUAUUUCACAGAAUUUUUAGUUGAAGGUUUAUUUCACAGAAUUUUUAGUUGAGAGUUUAUUUUACGAUUCAUCUUUAGUUGAGGGGUUUAAUUACUAAAAACCCUUAUUAUUAUUAUUUUUUUGUUUCCGAUCAUUAGUUAAAUGAUAUGUGGCAUACAAAUCCAUGUAAAUUAUCUAAAUGGUUAAGUGAUUUGAUUAACACAUAGUGAAUUUAUAUUUGGCCAAUUACUUUGCUUCCAAAGAUUUGUGAAAAUUGACUUUCGAAUUAAUAUGUGCCACUUCAACACUCUUUAUUUUUAUUCCUUAUUUGUUACGAAAUAUGAUCUUUGACCAAAUUACAGUUGUAUAUAUCUCACAUAUAAAGUUUUGUAUUUGAAUAAUUUUUUGUGUAUUUUUGUAAGGAUUUUAUUGAAAAAGAAACAAUGAUAUACUAGUAGCUAAUUAAUUGACAAGUAUAUAAUCACAGUCUCUAUUUUCUGGGAUGCUAACUUUAACAAAUGCAUAUGUCGUCGUCUAAUUGGCUCAACAUCUCAAACAACACACAAUGUAUUUAUAUUUUGGCGAAUUACAUUUCUAUUUUCCACAGAUUUAGAAAACUUUUGAUUUUGUUACACCACAUUCUAUCUUCUUGAUAAAGUUCUUGCUAUAAUUAAAAAACUUAAUUGUAAAUGUAAUUGACCAAUGACCACAUUAAUAAAAUUGGUAAUAAUGGUUAUGUAUAAUUGACCAGUGACCAGUAUUCAUUGUGUUAGCAAUUACUAUACAUAGACUUAUUAUCUACUUAUAUAUAACACUACACUUACAACUCAAUUUUUUUCAUCCAAAACUCAAAAUUUAAUACCUAUUAACUUAUUAUCUACUAAAUAAUGGCAACUAGUGUGGGUCAAGAAACACAUGUUCUAUUGGUAGCACUACCAGUCCAAGGCCACCUCAAUCCAAUGCUUAAAUUCGCCAAACUUCUCUCACGACCGAACCUCCGCUUCACUCUCGCCACCACCGAACAAGCCCGUGACCUCCUCUCAGCCGCCAACACGGCCGACGAAGAACACCUUAGCCCAGUGGACCUCGCUUUCUUCCCUGAUGGGCUACCAAAAGACCACCCAAGAGCCGAUGAUUCUCUCCUCGUGUCAUUGAGAAAUGUUGGAGCCAAGAACUUGUCUAAAAUCGUCGAAUCAAAGAGAUUCUCUUGUAUUGUCACCGUGCCUUUUGCUCCUUGGGUCCCAGGUGUUGCAGCUGCGUAUAACAUCCCUUGUGCACUCCUCUGGAUCCAAGCUUGUGGAGCUUACUCGGUUUACUACCGUUACUACAUGAAGACAAACACUUUCCCCGAGGAUCUCGAAGAUCUGAAUCAGACAGUUGAUCUACCAGCGUUACCGUUAUUGGAAGUUAGAGAUCUUCCUUCGUUUAUGUUACCUUCUUCAGGAAGUAACUUUAAUAACCUAAUGUUGGACUUCGUUGAUUGUUUGAAAAAUGUGAAAUGGGUUUUGGUUAACUCGUUUUACGAACUAGAAUCAGAGAUAAUCGAUUCGAUGUCUGAUUUAAAGCCAAUAAUCCCAAUAGGUUCAUUGGUUUCUCCAUUUCUUUUGGGAGCUGAUGAAGACAAAACCUUAGAUGAGAAAAAUCUUGAUCUAUGGAGAUCUGAUGGUGAUUGUAUGAAGUGGCUUGACACGCAAGCUAGGUCUUCCGUCGUUUACAUAUCUUUCGGGAGUUUGCUCAAAUGGUCGGAGAAUCAAGUCAAGAGCAUAGCAACGGCUAUGAGAAACAGAGGAGAUUCAUUUCUCUGGGUGAUUAGGCCUAAGGAGAUAGCUCAAAACGUCGACAUUUUGCAUGAGAUGGUUCAAGAAGGACAAGGGGUUGUUAUUGAGUGGGGUCCUCAAGAGAGGAUAUUGAGCCACGUGGCGAUCUCUUGUUUCGUCACGCACUGUGGAUGGAACUCGACGAUGGAGACGGUGGUGACUGGUGUUCCGGUUGUGGCGUACCCGAGUUGGAUCGAUCAGCCGCUUGACGCGAGAUUGCUUGUGGAUGUGUUUGGGAUCGGAGUGAGGAUGAGGAACGACGCUGUUGACGGCGAGCUUAAGGUUGCGGAGGUUGAGAGAUGUAUUGAGGCUGUGACGGAAGGACUUUCAGCUGAGGAUAUGAGGAGGAGGGCCAGGGAGCUGAAGCAAGCGGCGAGAUCAGCGUUGGCACCUGGUGGUUCAUCUGCUCAGAAUCUGGACGCGUUCAUUGGCUAUAUCACAAGUUGUGUUUAAGCAUUAUUGUUUUUAACCGGCGAUAACCGGGAUUUAAUUUUUUUUU